UGUGAGCCUGCCACCCAUGGCAGGCUUCUGCUGCUGCUCCUUAGCUUGGGGUGGCUGCAACCUCUAAGGACUCAGGUUACAGAGAUGGGACAGGCUGUGCUCCUGGACCCAGGCUUGGUCAACACCAGCAACGCUACCAGGUAGGUCUUGACCCUGCAGUCUUUGAGGGCUUGGUGCCCUUACUGGUGGCCAGGUGCCAGCCACAGUUUGUCCUCAGCCUUCAUCCCCACAUCCUCUCUGUCUACUCUCUGUCCCACCCCCACGUCCCCUGGAGAGAGCCUGAAUCUCUCUGUGCCCCUCUCUGCCUGGAGGCUCAGGGGUAGAGAGGCAUUGACUCCCAGAGGAAUGACUCCUUGCCCUUCUGAGUGUCACCUGGGUGAGGAGCCCAGGGGGACGCUGCAGGAGGAGGGUUACUGUGGGAGGGGGUGCACACUGCUGGCCCAGCCAGCCUCGCCCCAGCCUCCUCCCUGGCUUCCUGGCCUGAGUGUGCAACACGCCAGGAGGGGCCCUGGCCACAGAGCAGAAGAAUGCGGCACUCAAGAUGGUCAGGUCAGUCCCCACAUGUUCCCCUGGGCCUAUUGGGAUGCUGCUGCCAGAGCCUUCUGAGCCAGAUGUCCCUGUCCCUGGUGGCUGAGCUGCCUGGCAGGUCGCCUUUCCCAGCACCUCAUCCCCAAGGACCUGGAUGCUUUCCUCACUGGACAUGGUGCCCUUCCUCAAGUAGGGCCUGUUCCUGGGCUUGGUUACCCUGUGCCUGGGGACCUCAAAGUGCAGGGACUUGGCUCACCAGGGGGCCCGCAGGAGGCCUAGUGCUCAGGGUGCCUGACCCAGACCCUCUGCGCAGUACAGCGCCAACCCCGGGGUCCCAGGCCUGUGCACGCCUCUUCUCCCACAUCACCAAGGCCAACGUGUUCCCACGGAGAGCUUCGGAGCGGCGGCGGCUGCUGCUUGCAGCCCUAGCCUGCCAGGGCGUGCGCGGCUCCCGGGUGCUCAAGGCGGAUGUGAGGGCUCUGGGAGCCCUGGCCUGUGACCUGCCUGGGCACUUCGUGGUGCACUCAGCUCCAGUCCUCCUCCCCUGGCUGGCAGGCUGCCCAGGGCCCCUGGACCAGGGCCAGCAGGAGGCAGCCAGAGUGGUUCUGCAAGGUGGAGGACCCCCCUACGGGCCCCCGUCGAGGUGGUCAGUCUCAACGCUGGACGCUCUGCAGGGCCUGCUAGCUGUGUUGGACCAGCCCAUCAUCCAGGAUAUCCCCAAGGAUGUCCUGGCUGCUUGGCUGCUGCGCCACUCCAGGGGCCCAUCCUGGCGGAGGCCAGAGCUUCCUGCCACCCUCAUGAGGCUCCGGCGGGACACACAGGAGAGGGCCUGCCCCCAGAAGCAGGAGCCCUGCCCCCCCGGCCGGAAGCCCCAGGUGGUAGAUGAAAACCUCAUCUUCUAUGAAGAGUGGGAACUGGAGGCCUGUGUGGACGGUGCCCUGCUGUCUACCCACAUGGACCUUGUGAAUGCGAUCCCCUUCACCUACCAGCAGAUCCACACCCUCAAGUGCAGGCUAGACCAGACCUACCCACAAGGCUACCCUGAGUCCCUGGUCCAGCACCUGGGCUACUUCUUCCGCUAUGUCAGCCCAGAGGACAUCCACAAGUGGAACCUGACCUCCCUGGAGACUGUGAAAGCCCUACUCAAUGUCAGCAAAGGGCAAAAAAUGGACAAGCAGGUGACUGCCCUGAUUGCCCGCUAUGUGCUGGGAGGUGGCCAGUUGGACCAGGAUACCAUGGGUAGCCUGGCUGGCUUCCAUCCUUCCUACCUGUGCUUCCUCAGUGCUGAGCAGCUGCACUCUGUGCCCUCCAGGGUCAUGUGGGCCAUCAGACCCCAGGACCUGGACUCAUGUGGCCCUAGGCAGCUACAUGUCCUCUACUCCAAGGCCCGCAUGACCUUCAGGAAUAUAAGCCAGCCUGAGUACCUUGGAAGGAUCCAGGCUUUCCUGGGUGGGGCUCCCAUGGAGGACCUGAGGACACUCAUCCUGCAGAAUAUGACCAUAGACAUGGCCACAUUCAAGAAGCUACCGGUUGAGGCUGUGGUGGGUCUGACCGUGUCUGAAGUACAGAAACUUCUGGGGCCACACGUCAGGGACUUGAAGGCUGAGGAAGAGGACAGCCCAGUGCAGGACUGGAUCUCACAGCAGCGGCAGGAGGACCUGGACAGGCUAGGGCUGGGGCUCCAGGGUGGCAUCCCCAAUGGCUACCUUGUCCUGGACCUCCGCUCCCGAGAGGCCUUCUCUGGGGCAUGCUCCCUCCGUGGACCUGGACUCUUGCUCGCAUCCAUCCCAGCUGUGCUCCUGGCUUUGACUCUGAGCUGAGGCCACCUCUUCAUCUGCAGCAGGUGGCAGUCAGGUGGUUGCUGUCAAACCCUGAGGGUGUUUGAGCUCAAUAAACAGUAGCAUCUGCCCUGCA